AUGGAAUAAAAUCCAUAUCAGAUAUCGCAGGGAUAAAUUACACUCUCAAGAUGAGAGCAUAGACAUGUGUACGACAUUUAAAGUGUGUUACAAUGAAGAACCUGCAGAAUCUAAUAGAGAAAUCGAAUCAAAUUUUCAAAUGAGAUAUAAUCCUCCAUCCUUGAGAAGCAUUGCAAUCACGAAUUUAUUAAAUGAAAAGAAAUAUGCGAAAAAUGCAAAAACUUUGGCUGUGGUUACUAAAGCAAUUGUGCAUAAUAGUGAUGUAUUAUUAUAUAAAAUGUCGAAGUCAAAUGGUUUUUUCGACUGCAUAGAACACACAAGAUUAUGCAAAGCAGGAGUGGGGGAAAAACUCUAUUGGUACUACUUUUUUAGGGCGUGUGAGGAAGAAUAUUAUCUCCCUGCGGGGGAGGAGACAUUGGUCUACAAGAAAGGAAAUGGGCCAAUCAUUGACCUUUCCUUUCAAUAGCCAACAAAUGCAAAACAAGUGGGGGGGGGGGCGAAAAAAAGGAAAACUCGAGCAUCCGCCCCCAUCAGGUAUGCAAAGGACCCCCCACCAAGGGCAAAUCUUCAAAAAAGUGUGGAAAACUUAGCCCCUCCUCCUCUAAACUAGGGAUGCAUCAAGGACCCCAGUGAGAUCAUUUUACUGCAUUUACGUUUUUUACGUCAAAAUGACAUCAAGUCAAAUGAACUCAUCUCCAAAAUCCAGUUAUCAAUCAGGUUAUCAGCCUGGAACUUUUAAACCUAAAAAAUCUAAAUAUGGUGGAAACAAGGCCAAUCAAAACGGAAUUAAGAUAAUUAGUGAUCGUGUAGUGCAAUAUAACAGUGAUGAGAAAAGAUCAAUUGAAAAAAUAGUGAAAAAAGUGAAACUUCAAAGACAUGAGAUUUCCAAGACAGGUCCUGUCAUAAAUAUUGACUUUGACCUUCAAAAGGCUGAAAAGAAGAAGAAAAACUCAGCCAGACGAUUGGGCCAUAAAUCACCCGGUAGCACUCAAAGUGGCUCUAAAAUCCUGAAAGUCAAUAAUAAAAAAACAAGUGAAAUUACGCAAGUGAGUACAGAAGAAAAAAAGUUAUGGAUUAAUAUGUUAGAAAAAGAUCUUGAUUUAUUCAAUCAAGUGAACUACAUUGAUAAGAAAAAGGAUCUGAAAAAAAUACAGGCUCGCGAAAAACGUUUAAAACUCGCGGAAAAAAAGAAGGCCGACUUUAUCGCUCGCGAAAAACGUCGCGAACUAGCUAAGGAAAAACAAAGACAAUUUAGAGCUCGCGAAUCAGAAAAAAAUCGAUCCAAGGACAACACAUCGAAGGAUAUCAUCCCUGAGCCCAUGAUGGAAUUGGAUUCAUCGAUCGAGAUCAUUCCCAGCACUCCAUCAGUGAUCAAUUUAAUCCUGGAACGCGAGGGUGAAGAUGCUCAGCAUGGAUCAUUGAAUUUCGCGACCUCAACCCCGAAAAAACCGCGAAAAUCUAUCGAGGAAAUCGAGGCCGUUCUAGUCGCGUUGGGCGCGAAUCUAGAACAAAGGAAUCGCGAGGACGAUUACGGAGGGCGAUGGGCUCCAACGCAGCGCCAAAAAGAGCUUGAUCAAAUUGCGAUGCAAUUGGAUCAAAGCGGGGAUGAUGAUGAUGAAGGAUUGGCCAUCCAGAGUCUUGAUUUCACCCCGUUAUCACCCAGUAACCGUUCGGGUUAAAAAUUCAUUAAACAUGUCUGUAUUUUUUUUUGAAUACCUGAAAUAAAAGUCAUACAUUUUAUUGCAUUACCUGUGAGUCUUGACUUUUUUUUAUUGCUAGGCAAGACCCAAUAUUCCCUCUCCUGUCCCCAGCCCUUUUUUUUCACGUAGAAGCUAGGAGAAAUUUCUCUCUCGCUUCUUCUUCGUCGGCGUCCUGUAGUCUUUCGUUUAUUGUCUCUUUCCUUCUCGUUGUUUAGAGGGUUUAGAGAACAAUUUUGACUUUUUCCUCGUCUUUCCUACAUAAAUCCUUACCCCCAUCUCCCUCUAACUUACGGUUUAGAGGGUUGAGGGCGAAAUAGUGGGGCAAAAGUUAUAUAAACCGUGAGGUUCCACUACUCGCCCUCUUUCACCAUCACCAUCCCCGAGGACUAGUGUCGUGUCCAGUUUUAGUGUUUUUUGUGUUUUUAUUUAAAAAAAAAAAAAAUAACCAUGGUGAAAGUCACCUGCCAAGGAGCGUGCCAGGAGCACUUUGCCCUCGAGGUAAGUUUUUUGAAUAUUUUUUGCAUGUUUUUUCGUUGCGUUUCGCGGUUUUUAAUUUUCAGUUUUUCGCGCUUCAUUUUCUAUGUUUUCUCGUGUGUUUUUUUAAAUAUUUUUUAAUAUCUUCUUGGUGCGGGGUAUAAGUUUCGCGUUUUUUUUUCUUUCAAAUCCGCGUAUUUUUUUCGUUCGUUUUUGUAUUAGUUUUUUGAUUUUUUCGCUUGUUUUAGUUUUCAGUUUUUAAAUUCUUUUUUAGUUUUUUAAAUUUAGUUUUUCGGUUUUUCGUUCGUUUUUGGUUGUUUUUUUCGUUUUUGAUUUUUUCGAUUGUUUUAGUUUUCAGUUUUUAAAUUCAUUUUGGUUGUUUUAGUUUUUAAAUUCAUUUUGUUGUUUUUAUUUCUAAUUCAUUGUUUUUUUUUUACAGAUGCAGGCAACCAGGAGGGAGAGGGCCUACCUGCGGGCGGCCAACGAGUGGCUGCGGUGGGAGGACGCAGAGGGUGAAACCCUGGAAGGCGAAAAUAUUUUCGCCAUC